UUGAUAUAGAACGGUUAGAUUCUAUAACGUUGCGGUUGUUUGAGUACGUUGUGAUGAUUUAUCUACACCUAGACAAAAUAUCAAAAGUAGAUCAAUAGGUUAUUGAGCUAGAGAUCAGUGCAUAUUUACUGUGUGGAAGUAAAAACUAUCAUUUUUCACUGUGAAUUGUUUGUGUGGAAAAAAAACACGCUGCAAUAAUGCGUCAUAUUUUUCGACGUCUAUUGAAAACGGAAAAUUGUCGUUGUUUAUCAAGAGGCUAUGUUUCCUUAUCGGCUCAAGGACCAGCACAGUGUAGCCAGACAGAAGGAAGUCAAAGGAAUUUACACCAUCACAAACUCAAAAAUGUUUCAGAAAAUCGGCGCUGUAUGUCGUCGUCGGCAACAGGAGAAACGGUGUUUAAAAGUCCGAGACCGACGGAGGAGCUGCCGAUGAUGUCUUUAAGUGACUAUAUGUUUUCUCGUUUUGGAAAAUUCGGCAGCAAAAACGCUCUAGUUGACGAUGCAACUGGCUCUGUGUACACUUACUCUCAGUUAGAGGAACUUUCUAAACGGAUCGGAAGUUACUUGUAUAGGACAGGGCUCCGAAAGAAUGACGUCAUAUGUUACUAUGGAACCAACAACCCAGAAUUUGGUCUACUGCUACUUGGAUGCGCUUCUGUUGGUGUUGUGCUGACGACAGCUAAUCCUGCAUACACGUCUGGUGAGUUGGAGAGACACAUGGAACAUUCUGGGGCCAAGAUGCUGGUUACUGUGCCGCCGCUGAUACCUAAAGCACAGGAAGCGGAAAUUAAAGAUAUUACAGUCAUAGGCUCUGUUGAUGGUUAUCAGCCAUUUUCCGACAUGUUAGCCGAUGACGGCAAGUAUUUUCCGACGGAUAUCACAAUCGACCCGCACGAAGAUGUCGUCAUCAUGCCGUACAGCAGUGGUACCACAGGGCUUCCUAAAGGCGUCAUGCUGAACCACUUCAGUGUGGUUGCCAAUCUGAGACAGUUUAAGUAUUCCACUAUAACAACGCCAGAUGACAAUAAUUUUGCCGUGCUGCCAUUCUACCACAUAUAUGGUAUGGCUCCAAUUCUACUGGGUACCUUGCAGGAUGGCGGAACACUCGUGACAACACCUGGAUUUGAUCCUGAAGGGUUCUUGAAAGCCAUCGUGAAACACAAGAUAAGUCAACUUCAUAUUGUGCCUCCUAUAGUGUUGUUUCUAGCGCGACAUCCGGUUGUUGACAAGUUUGAUUUUUCCAGUGUACGUAACAUUAUCUGCGCAGCUGCCCCGCUGGGAGAGGCCCUCACAAAUGAAUUCAUAGACAGGAGGAAAAAAAAUAUCAGACAAGGAUAUGGUUUGACAGAAACGUCACCGGUUGUGGCGCUUGAUGAUGAAGACGUCACUGUUGGUUCAAUUGGAAAACUUUGUCCAAACACAGAAGCGAAGUUCAUAGAUCCAGAGACCGGGAAGAGCCUAGGACGUAACGAGACGGGAGAACUGUGUGUAAGAGGGCCUCAGAAUAUGAAAGGUUAUCUAAACAAUGAAAAAGCCACGAAAGAAAUGAUAGAUGAAGAUGGCUGGCUCCACACAGGUGAUGUUGGACACAUGGGAGACAAUGACUGUAUGGUGAUAUCUGACCGACUUAAAGAACUUAUCAAGUACAAGGGACUACAGGUGGCCCCUGCAGAAUUAGAAGAUUUACUACACAAGCACCCGGCGGUACAAGAUGUAGCUGUGAUAGGCAUGCCGGACGACCGGGCUGGAGAGCUACCACGCGCUUACGUGGUGCUCAAACCUAAUGCAAACCUUCAUGCACAUGAUUUAAUGAAAUAUGUGGAAGGUCACGUUUCAGACUACAAAAGACUGAGAGGUGGUGUAGAAUUCUUGAAAGAGAUUCCAAAAUCUCCGAGUGGCAAAAUUCUGAGAAGGGUGCUAAAAGACCAACUACCAAGUUCUCAAAUAUAAUAUACGUAUUCGUCAGAUAGUUAUUUUACAAACUGACACGUUUACACAUACAAGAAUGAGUUGGAAUCGAAGUGUGUUCACGGAUGUUUGCGAGAAUUAUUGAAUGCUUGGAUACCGUGACUAGUUUCCUUUUCAUUGAUCAUAUAAAACUAUAUUUACAUGUACCGUUUUCGUGCAAAAAAAAAUAAAUGCGACUUACAUGCGAUAAAGUACAAUUAUGAAGGUGCUUGAUUAUUUAAUGUUGUGUGAUUGCUGAAUGCUUUCUCUCCGUUGGCUAAAAUGAAAAGGAACCGUCAAACUCUGAGGAAUGGUAGACUAUGAGGAUACCAACUAUCAUUGCAUAGAGCAUCGACGAAACAAAACAAGGCUUUGAAAUUAUACGAUUUGACCAUUUUAUAAUGAUUCAAAACAGACUUCAAUUAUUUACAUGACAAUUUCUUUAUCUUCUGAAAAAUCAUAAUGGUAUAGCUUACAAAGGAAAAAUUAUACUACCUCUUUCGUUUUUUAAAGAGGAACGAUAUGAAGUGUGUAUGAUCAUAGAAAAUAAACGUCUCUGCCUUGCUUA